GUGGACGUUGCUUCCAUGGCACCAUUUAAUAUUGCGUAUGAGCUGCUAGUGACCAGGCUUGAGAGCUUCCAACUUGAGACCAACAAGCCCUUUAACUUCACUGCCAGCCCUUCCCAGCCCCAGUAUUUUUUAUACAAGUUUCCUCAAGAUGUUGAUUCAGUUAUCAUUAAGGUGGUGUCUGAUGCAGUCUACCCGUGUUCAGUUGUCUCUGUCCAGGAUAUUGUGUGCCCAGUGUAUGACCUGGACCAUAACGUGGAGUUCAACGGUGUUUACCAGUCCAUGACAAAGCAGGCAGCCAUCACGGUGCAGAGAAAGGACUUCCCAGGUGAGCAGUUCUUCGUUGUGUUUGUCAUCAAGCCAGAGGAUUAUGCCUGUGGGGGUUCUGUGCCUUCUUCCAUCCAUGGAAAUGUCAACCGUACCUGGAACCUACAGCGGACAAAGAACCUUCAAGUGACGAUCGUGCCCUCUAUUAAAAGGUCUGUUUACAUCCAGGCCAUGUUCUUCAGCUUCCUGAGCUUCCUCUCCUUUUACCUGGGCUCAGUGGUUGUUGCUUUCGUGCACUAUAUCAGGGUUCGGAGAAAGGCUUCAUCUGGAAGAUUGAGUCCUGAGGAUGGAUCUGGGAUUAUGACGUCUUCGCACCCCAUCACAUCCAGCACCCCCGAGGGAAGCAGCUAUGGUGCUAUUGAUGAGUCUAGCUCCAGUGGUGGACGGCAGUUGUCUUCCCCUGAGCGUGGGCCACCAGCUGGUUCUGACACAGACAGUUCUGUGGAGGAGGAGAGCGACUUCGACACCAUGCCAGAAAUUGAAAGUGACAAGAAUGUCAUCCGCACUAAAGUAUUCCUCUAUCUCUCAGACUUGUCCAGGAAGGACCGAAGGAUUGUCAGCAAAAAAUACAAAAUUUAUUUUUGGAACAUCAUCACCAUCGCAGUGUUUUAUGCCCUGCCCGUCAUCCAGCUUGUCAUCACCUACCAGACGGUAGUGAAUGUGACAGGCAAUCAGGACAUCUGCUACUACAACUUUCUGUGUGCUCAUCCCCUCGGGGUGCUGAGUGCCUUCAACAACAUUCUCAGCAAUGUGGGCCACACGCUGCUGGGUUUUCUCUUCCUCCUCAUUGUGUUGCGCAGAGACAUCCUCCACCGUCGGGCCAUGGAGAUGAAAGAUGUCUAUACCCUGGACUAUGGGAUCCCAAAGCAUUUUGGUCUUUUUUAUGCUAUGGGCAUCGCUCUGAUGAUGGAAGGCGUGCUCAGUGCCUGUUACCAUGUCUGCCCUAACUACUCUAAUUUCCAGUUUGAUACCUCCUUCAUGUACAUGAUCGCAGGACUGUGCAUGCUUAAGCUCUACCAGACUCGCCACCCAGACAUCAAUGCCAGCGCCUACUCUGCCUAUGCUUCAUUUGCUGUGGUCAUCUGUCUGGCUGUCCUUGGAGUGGUGUUUGGGAAAAAUGGUAUGUGGUUUUGGGUCAUUUUCUCGAUGAUCCAUGUGCUGGCCUCACUGGCUCUCAGUACCCAGAUCUACUACAUGGGCCGCUUCAAGAUUGAUGGCCCUGAUUCAGACUUGGGGAUAUUUCGUCGGGCAGCGAUGGUGCUGUACACAGACUGUAUCCAGCAGUGCAGUCGGCCGAUGUACAUGGACAGGAUGGUGUUGCUCAUCGUUGGAAACCUGGUCAACUGGUCCUUUGCUAUCUUUGGGCUGGUGUAUCGGCCCAGAGACUUUGCCUCCUACAUACUGGGCAUCUUUAUCUGUAACCUGUUGCUGUAUCUGGCUUUCUACAUCAUCAUGAAGCUCCGCAGCUCCGAGAAGCUCCUGCCCAUCCCUCUGUUCUGCAUUGUGGCCACAGCAGUGGUGUGGGCGGCUGCCCUCUACUUCUUCUUCCAGACCCUCAGCAGCUGGGAGGAGACUCCAGCAGAGUCCCGGGAGAAGAACCGGCCAUGCAUCCUGCUAGGCUUCUUUGAUGACCAUGAUGUCUGGCACUUCCUCUCUGCAGCUGCUCUGUUCUUCUCCUUUCUGGUCCUGCUGACCCUGGAUGAUGACCUGGACACGGUGCGCAGGGACAAGAUCCCGGUGUUCUGAGCCCCUGGGGGACGGAGGUGUGGGGGCGUCCUCAAGCCCCUUGGCUGAAGCGCCGGACCACUGGUGUCUGUGGGGAAUGGGCUUGCUUCAGUGGCCUGCAGCCCCGUGGGAGCGGAGGAGCCGGAUCCCACAGCAAGCACCAAGGGGUGCUGCGGUAACUGAGGCAGGACUGGGAGGGAAGAUGAUGUUUGCUCCUUUGCUACCGCACCCUCUGGGGCAGGU